AUGCGUUUUAAUACUGCCGUCACGGCUCUGGCCACCUCGGCCACCCUCAUGGGCUAUGCUCAUGCCGAGGAGGUCGAGGCGAAGCCCGAUUCCACCACUGUGAUCGAGAAGCCCACCUUCACUCCCUCCGCUCUCAAGGCUCCCUUCCUGGAGCAAUUCACCGACGACUGGGAGUCCCGUUGGAAGCUUUCGCAUGCGAAGAAAGAUGAUCCCAAGUCCGACGAAGACUGGGCCUUUGUCGGCGAGUGGGCGGUCGAGGAGCCCACUGUCUUCAAGGGAAUUGAGGGCGACAAGGGUCUUGUGGUCAAGAACGUGGCUGCGCAUCACGCCAUUUCGGCCAAGUUCCCCAAGAAGAUUGAUAACAAGGGCAAGACCCUGGUUGUCCAGUAUGAGGUCAAGCCUCAGAACUCUCUGGUGUGCGGCGGUGCCUACCUUAAGCUCCUCCAGGAGAACAAGAAGCUCCACCAGGAGGAGUUCUCCAACGCCACUCCCUACGUGAUCAUGUUCGGUCCCGACAAGUGUGGUGCUACCAAUAAGGUUCACUUCAUCUUCCGUCACAAGAACCCUAAGACCGGCGAGUAUGAGGAGAAGCAUCUCAAGACUCCCCCGGUUGCUCGCACCUCCAAGGUGACCUCCCUCUAUACUCUGAUCGUCAAGCCCGAUCAGACUUUCGAGAUUCUCGUCAAUGGCGAGUCCGUCAAGGCCGGUAGCCUCUUGGAGGACUUCACUCCUCCCGUCAACCCCGAGAAGGAGAUUGAUGACCCCAAGGACAAGAAGCCCGCCACCUGGGUUGAUGAGGCUCAGAUCCCCGACCCCGAGGCGACCAAGCCUGCUGAUUGGGACGAGGAUGCGCCCUACGAGAUCCCCGACGAGAAUGCCGAGAAGCCGGAGGACUGGUUGGACGAUGAGCCGACCAGCAUUCCCGACCCAGAGGCCGAGAAGCCGGAGGACUGGGAUGACGAGGAGGACGGCGACUGGCUUGCUCCCACUGUGCCCAACCCAAAGUGCUCCGAGGUCUCUGGCUGCGGCAACCCGGCCUACAAGGGCAAGUGGUCCGCUCCCAUGAUCGACAACCCCGCCUAUAAGGGUGUCUGGGCGCCCCGCAAGAUCCCCAACCCUGCUUUCUUUGAGGACAAGACUCCCUCCAACUUGGAGCCCAUGGGCGCUAUUGGUUUCGAGAUCUGGACCAUGCAGAACGACAUUCUGUUCGACAACAUCUAUAUCGGUCACUCUGUCGAGGAAGCUGAACAACUACGCAAGGAGACUUUCGACGUCAAGUUCCCCAUUGAAGAGGCUGAGGAGGAGGCCAGCAAGCCCAAGCCCGAGGACCCUGCCACUCAGGGAACCACGGUGAGCUUCAAGGAGGACCCCGUAACCUUUGUUCGCCAGAAGGUCGACCACUUCAUCGGUCUGGCCAAGGAGGAUCCCAUCAAUGCUGCUAAGACGGUCCCCGAGGUUGCUGGCGGCCUUGCUGCCCUCCUGUUCACCUCGAUCCUCAUCAUCGUGGGCGCUAUCGGCUCCAGCAGCCCUGCUCCUGCCCAGAAGAAGGGCAAGGCUCCCGUGACCGCUGUCAAGGAGAAGAAGGGCGAGGCCUCCAGCUCCUCUGCCGACACCGGCAAGGGUGGUGCUACCAAGCGCACCACCCGCUCCUCUGCGGAGUAA